CGUCUUGUAUGCAGCUGAGCUCACUGCAAUGUAAAGCUAGUAGUGCUAACUGACCGUUUAUAAAAAGCUGCUCGGUUAUUGACGCUCUUUUUAUUUGCUUUUAAAUAUUUAACGUAAUUAAUUAAACACCAUAAUGCCUCCAAAAAAGAAGGGGACAAAAUCCGCAAAGGGAAAGAGCCCUACAGUGGUCGAUGGCCUUUCUACUGAGGAAAUGUCAAAGGAACAGUUGGAGGAGCACAUUGUCCGGCUGCGUGAGGAGCUGGACAGAGAGAGAGAAGAGCGCAAUUAUUUCCAACUUGAAAGAGACAAGAUUCACACAUUCUGGGAGAUCACUAAAAGACAACUAGAGGAAAAGAAAGCUGAUCUGAGGAACAGAGACAGAGAAAUGGAGGAAGCUGAAGAGCGCCAUCAAGUUGAGAUUAAGGUUUACAAGCAGAAGGUUAAACACUUGCUCUAUGAACAACAAAACAACAUUGCAGAGCUUAAGACGGAGGGAGUGAUUGCCACCAAACUCGUGCAAAAAGAGCAUGCAGAUCUGGAAAAUGAACUGCGAAAAGGCAUACGCACCCUGAAAGUGGACCUGAAAGAACAAGAGCUCUCCAACGAAAACCUCACGAAGAACUUAAAACUGAAACAUGAUGAGGACAUAACCAAGCUGAGGAAUGAUUUCGAGAGACAAGUCCGAGAAAUAGAAGCUAAAUAUGAGAAGAAAAUGCAAGCAUUACGUCAGGAGCAAGACCUGAGGCGCAAGACUGAAAUCCAUGAUGUAGAGGAAAGAAAGAACGGCCACAUUAAUACACUCAUAAAAAACCAUGAGAAAGCAUUCAGUGACAUUAAAAACUAUUACAAUGAUAUCACUCUCAACAACCUUGCCCUCAUCAACACUCUUCGGGAGCAAGUGGAGGAAAUGAAGAAGAAGGAGGAGAGGUUGGAAAAAGAGAUGGCUGAUGUGCUGCAGCAGAACAAGCGCUUGACUGAGCCUCUGCAGAAAGCUACCGAGGAAGUUUCAGAGCUCCAGAAACAGCUUGCUAACUACAAGAAGGACAAGGUUUCACUGGCUGGAGCUAAAGCACGUCUUAAAGUGGCAGACAAAGAGAUGAAAGACCUGAGAUGGGAGCAUGAAGUGCUGGAACAGAGAUUUAGUAAGGUGCAACAGGAACGUGAUGAACUGUACCAGAAGUUCAGCAAGGCUAUCCUGGAGGUGCAGCAGAAGAGCGGCUUUAAGAACCUGCUUCUAGAAAAGAAGCUAGAUGCACUUACAGACACAUUGGAAAAGAAAGAAGCCCAGCUCAAUGAGGUUCUUUCUGCCUCUAAUUUAGACCAGUCUGCCCUCAACGUGGUCACUCGCAAGCUCGAGGAAGUGUUGGACUCUAAAAACUUUGCUAUUAAAGAUCUGCAGUAUGAACUUGCUCGUGUUUGUAAGGCCCACAAUGACUUGCUGAAGACGUAUGAGGCGAAGCUGAAGGUGUUUGGCAUUCCUGUGGAUGAGCUGGGUUUUAAGCCACUGGAGAGCAGCUUGGUAAAGCAGACUUUGGGUCAGGGCCCAGCAGGCCUGGUGUCCGCCCCCCUGUAACCAAACUGUCUUAAUUGAGACACUCUGAUUUUGUGCCGACACCGGCAGGUGACAACCACUCUCAUGUAAGUUUGUGACAUGGCGGUGUGAUUUCCUGUGACUGAUGGCACAUUGCUGCUGCUGCACAAACUUUCCAAAAAUUGUUAACCACCUUUUCCCCUGGGUUUUAUUACAUGGAUGUAUUGGUUUAAAAAGGAACACAGUGAUUUGCAUUGACUGUUACCAGUAAUUAGCAGAGGCUGGAUACUGCAUGCCCACAUGCUAAAAUUGCAGUGCUCCCUAUCUAGACACGAAGAACAAACCAGGAAUAAAUGCUUGCUUAUUUACAGACACUUUAUCACCAACUGGGCCUUCCACCUGCCUUUAAGUUGUUUCCUACAAAAACAGAAAUAAAGGUGUUGUGCUUUUCUCUUUACUCAUGGGAAUUCUAGAUCUAUAAAAAUAAAAACCUGCAAAAAUCU